AUGGUGCUCAUAGGAAAUCUGUUCCCUCUACUGCUAUUGAGUUUUCUGUUUGUGCAGUACUCAUGCAUGUUUCAAUUGGUCCAAUCUUUCAACAAUUUUACUGACCAAUAUGCUCUCAUUGCCUUUAAAUCUCGCUUCAAUUCUAGUCCAAAUGAAACCCUCUUGGCUACUAAUUGGUCUGCACCAAACUCGAUCUGCAAUUGGAUUGGGGUCUCGUGCAAUCGACGCAGGCAAAGAGUCACUGCUUUAGACCUUUCCUACAUGGGUCUCCAAGGCACCAUUUCUCCUCAUAUUGGUAACCUCUCCUUCCUAAUCUCACUUCAUCUUUCUAACAACAGCUUCUUUGGUUUUAUUCCGCAAGAGAUCAGUCAUCUACAUCGCUUGAGAAUACUCAUCUUGUCAUUCAAUCAAUUGGAAGGAAGCAUCCCUCCUUCCAUUCAGAAUUGUCAAAAGCUUCACACGGUAAGUUUUGAUACAAACCGUCUUAUUGGUGCAAUUCCAUCGUCCUUCGGCAACCUGUCCAAAUUAAAGGACUUGAAUUUGCAGUACAAUAGUCUCACUGGUCCACUUCCUCCAUUCAUCUUUAACAUAUCUUCUCUAAACAUUGUUGCUGUUACUUCUAAUCACAUCUUGGGAGCUAUUCCGAAUGAUCUUUGUAGCCACUGUCCCAAUCUUAGAGGACUUUAUUUCUCGUUUAACGAACUUGACAGCCAGCUCCAUUCUCAAUUUAAUAAUUGUGGGGAGCUUUUAAUUUUAUCUUUGGCAUACAAUAAAUUGGAUGGGAGUAUUUCAAAAGCUCUAAUUAGCAAUUUACAAAAGCUUGAAGAACUAUAUCUUGGGACUAACAACUUCACUGGUAUCAUACCUUCAACCAUACAUAAUUUGUCGAGGUUGCAACUAUUCGCAAUUGAGGAUAAUCACAUCCAAGGAAGCAUUCCAACUAAUUUGUGA